GAAUUUCUUUUCGUAUUGAGGCAAAAUGGCGAGCAAUCCAGGCAAGUGGGAAGUUGUUGGAAAAGACGGUAAAGCACGAAAGAAUGCGGGAAACAAGAAAAAUAAAUCCAAAGUAAACGAAGCGGACCUUCCAAAGUUGGACAUAAAAGCUCCGAUUCCCGAGUCGAAGACCCAGUUUGAUGCUUUCAGCAAGAAAGAACCAGAAACCGUGCCAUUUGCUAUCCCGAAACAAGAGUCCAGUGAUGAAUCGGAUAGUCGUAGCAAUGUUCGAAGCCAGGACCGAAGCAGGAAAAUGGAUAAGAAGCACAAACACCACAGAGAAGCACAUCCAACCUUCAAUGAAAUCUUCGUAGAAACUUUGAAGAAGUGUGAUUUAGUGAGGGUUCAAAAUUUCAUCUCAGAAUGCAGACUUGAUGGACUGGGUUUGCUCAAAGAAUUAGCUGGUUUCUUCCAAGAAAAUUUCACAAAGAUGCCUGUUGAAAAAGACCCUGUUCUAGGAAGCCAAUCACCAGAUUUUCCAUUGGGUUUUCUUGACAACAAUGUUCAAGAUCUUAUCAUUGCUGAGAUAAAACGAUGCGAUGGAGCUGAUGUUAAACGUUUUUUUUCAUAUUGUCUUGAUGAGUUGCUUAUUGAAAUAAAUAAAGGUCAUGCAAGCUAUGGCAUCCGCAUAAUGUUUCAGUCCAUUUUAAAAUGCUAUCCCUAUUUCACUCUUAAAAAAAAGAAGAAAGAGUGUCAACAACGUGUUCUGUCGAAAAAGGACAACCCUCGUGAAGCCUUAUCGUUGCUCUGGGCAUGUGGGCAGACAUCUGAUAGCAAAAAUCUCGCAGAAAGAAUGACCAUGUGGUCGGUGUUUUUUUUGCCUGUCAUCGAGUCGAAGCAGAUGAGCAAGUAUGCCAUUGACUAUUUGGAAACCACUUUGAGUUUGGAGUUGCCAGACAGAUUGACAGAGACACCAAUAUCCGGGAAAAGGUUUCAGCAUAUUAUGGAAUUGACAUAUGGAUCAAAUUUUCUUCAAUUCCCAUAUCGAAAACAACUCCAAUUACUCUAUCCUGAAAUAAAGGCCAUCAUGUUUUCUGCUGGUCAACCGAACUCUUUAAACAGCGUGUUCACUCAGAUUUUUGAUUCGCUCAAUGCGGAGCUUGGACAGGAAUACUUGCAAGAGGCGCUGAGUUGCCUGAUUAAAUGUUUGGAAAAAGACGCAACGUGUCAUCACAAAUGGAGGAAUAACUACCUCGCGCGCAUAAAGGAAUCCAGUUUGCUGUUAAAAGCUAUUGUCGAACAAUGGGAUUCCAUCUGUCGUUCUAUUCCUCGAAAGUAUCUUGUGGAGACACUCCGUGAAUUUCAGAAUGUUAACAACGAGCUUAAGGAACGUGAAAAACCGAAGGCUGUUUUGUUGGAUUGCGAAUCCUCGUGCAAAAAACUUCUUGAUGUCAUUUCUACCACUCCAAGGAACAUUCUUAUUUCUGGGCCAUCAAGAUUGACUCGAAUCUUUAAGCUUUUGCUGUUCAUAUUAUUCAUCGUCGUUUCUGUGGAUAUGUAUAAAAGCAAUGGAUACCAAAAAAGCAAAACUUCUAAUGUUUUAAAACAAUAUGGUGUUGAAAAGGUGUUAGUGAACGGUUACCAUCAUGCUUAUUAUGGUGCACGACGGAUGGAGAUAUGGGCUGAGAAGAACUAUCCGUACUACUAUAAGAAGGUACAAGGUGUAGUCGAACCAGCCUCAGACUACGCCAUGACUAAACUUGGUGAAGGAUUGUACUAUAUUGCUGAUGUUACUGCUCCUGUGAGACAAUAUAUACACAAAACUGUUCCACCCAUACUGGAAAAGUUCGAACGCUUUCUCACCUACUACUUCAAUCUGGUUUCAAAAAUACUUAUCAAUCUGUGGAACGUUUAUUCUCCUAUCAUUCAACAGUACUCGCGAAGCGCGUGGAAUACACUCGCGACUUGGGUCCCACGCGUUUUUUCCCGCGCAAAAGAUCUCGCAUGGAAGGCCGCAGCGUGGUUUUAUAACUUGUCCCCGGAUUUCUUCGACGUGAUUGCCGAUGGUUUCCGCCGACUGGCAAACUAUGUGGUUACGACAACACCACAUAUUCUGGAGCUAGUCCAAGAGUACUUGUCAACGGCUUGGGCUCUACUGGUCAGCUGCUUUUCUGACGUAAUUUUGUGGCUGAAAACGAAUGUCAUUUCUGCCAGAUGAUCGCCGCUUGGAAACUAGAAUAAUCUUGGUGGAGAAAUCAUAUCUUUUUCAAUGAAGAGGAUCUCUUAUUCCUGACUCUCUCCAGGACGUGAAAUUGUCUGGAUGGAUAAAAUUUUUCUCAACACUGAUUUAGUGUCUUCAUUCGUUGAUAAAGCUGUCGGAAGGUUUUUAACAAAUCCAAUGAUUUUAAGGGUUGCCAUUUCAUUACACGCACUGAACAUGUUCUGCACAUGGUUGUGUGUUUCAGUUUUGAAAUAAAAUUUUGGGAUAUCCCAACACAUGAUUCCUUGUUG